UUCUAAGAGGAGCGCGGGAACGGAGGAGUGGGGCGGUCUGGAAGGUCUCGGAAAGACGCAGGAAAGGUUGUUCCCGUGCCAGGAGCUUCCCGUCCUGGCCGCCGGCUGCCUCCCAAGUGCCCAGGUACCGGAGAAGAUGACAGAGGAACUGGAUCUCCCGGGACAGGACUCUGAUGGGGGUAGUGAGGAGGUGGUCCUAACUCCUGCAGAGCUCAUUGAAAGGCUGGAGCAGGCUUGGAUGAAUGAAAAGUUUGCCCCUGACCUUCUUGAAAGCAAGCCUGAAAUUGUAGAAUGUGUCAUGGAACAGCUAGACCACAUGGAAGAAAAUCUCAGGAGAGCAAAGAAGGGGGACCUGAAGAUCAGUAUCCAUCGAAUGGAGAUGGAGAGGAUCCGCUAUGUCCUUAGCAGCUACUUGCGGUGUCGGCUCAUGAAGAUAGAGAAGUUUUUUCCUCAUGUCCUUGAAAAGGAGAAAACACGCCAUGAGGAGGAGCCUUCCAGCCUUUCUCCAGAAGAGUUUGCCUUUGCCAAAGAGUACAUGGCAAACACUGAGACCUAUCUAAAGAAUGUAGCCUUAAAGCAUAUGCCUCCUAAUUUACAGAAAGUGGACCUCUUGAGGUCAGUUCCCAAACCAGAUCUGGAUUCAUAUGUGUUUCUGAGAGUGAAAGAAAGACAAGAAAACAUCCUGGUAGAACCAGAAACAGAUGAGCAGAGGGACUAUGUGAUUGACUUGGAGGAAGGCUCGCAGCACUUGAUCCGAUAUAAAACCAUUGCACCUUUAGUUGCUUCUGGAGCUGUACAGCUAAUUUGAAACCAAAAAUAAAUAAACAAGAAAGAAGACAUGGAACCUUAGAGAAAAUAUUUAGAAGCCACACAUAUCACUCUGUGCCUACGGACAACAGGCUUUUCUCAGCAGUGCUGCGAGUCACUUGGGCAUUGAGAAGGCACUUGGGCAGGGUUCCUAACUUGCCACGUACCCUAACUUCCUGCCGGUUUGUCUAGAAUCAGCAGGUGGGGCCAUCGCUCUGUUCAAUCUACUGGGCAAGUACAUGACUCACUUUGUGCACCUUUUCCCUUUGUAGUGUUUUUUUCUUUUUUUAUAAUUUUACUGUAGAAAUAUG